AUGGAUACCAAUGUUCCAACCACAAGUUCAGGUCGCAGAAUGCGCCUUUCUGCGGCCGAAGCUCUGAAAUUGUUUCAGUCAGAUGUUUUUAAUUCUGAUAAUGAAAAUGAAAAUUUAGAUUUUUCGGAAAGUGAUUCGGACGGUGAAUUUUUACCAGCGGCAGCUGAGCGAUCAGCUGUUAUGGAAUCCAGUAGUUCUGAUGAAUCUGAUACAGAGAAUGUUCCAUUGUUACAAUAUUUAGGAUGUAAGAAAAGGAAAGUGCUCCAAACAAAUAGAAAGACCAAUUCUGGUGAAGGAUGGGAAAGAGUCGAGGAUGGAGUUUUAUCCAGAACUUUGAAUACUUUUCGUUUUAGUCCUAAAACAACUCCAGGGGUGAACCCUGAAUUGGUGUCUGAAAGCUCAACUCCUCUUGAUUGCUUUCUGGCACUGUUCGAUGAUGAAGUACGGACUUCUCUGUUGGAUGCAACAAAUACGUAUGCCACAUUGAAGAAAACACAGAACAAUCCUGCUCGCAAACAUUCUGUCUUUGCGAGCUGGAAUAAUCUUGGAAUUUAUGAAUUGUAUAAAUUCAGUGCGGUGCAGAUGGCAAUGGGAAUCUGCAAGAGGCCGAGCAUAAGGGAUUAUUUCUCCACACGAAAUGUUUUCAGCACCAGUUUUUACUCACAGACCUUCAGUCGGAACAGAUUUCUUAGCAUUUUCCAAACAAUGCUUCAUGUGGGAGAGCCUGAUGCUGAUGGAAAACUGAAAAUUGAGCCCUUCAUCAACAAACUCCUUGAAAAGUUUCAACUGGCUUUCACUGCCUACCAAGACAUUGCUAUUGAUGAAAUGAUUGUUGGUUUCAAAGGAAGAUGGCAGUAUAAGCAAUACAAAGCCACAAAGCCUUCCAAGUAUCACAUCAAGAGCUUUGGCUUGGUAGACAGUAAAACCGGUUAUGUUGUCAAUCUGCUGACAUAUUACGGAAGCACCACAUCGUACAAUCCAACAAAUGAAAAUGAAAGCAGCCAUUCUAUACAGGUCUUCGACACAUUGCUAAGGCCUCUAGGAACUGGAUAUCAUAUCUUUGCAGACCGGUACUACACAACAAGAGUGCUCGUUGACCAUCUUCUGAAACAGAAGCAGUAUUACACCGGAACUGUUCAGCGUGGCCGCGUAGGGUUUCCGCAGUGGAAUGAUAAACUGCAGCAUAUGGCAUCAGAGUAUUUUUCUAAUUCUGCAAGGUCAAUGCUGGCAGUCAGCUGGAAAGAUAAGAAGGCUAAAAAACCUGUGUUGCUUGUUUCCACCAAUGCAUCAGCUGGAGAAGUAACAAAUGCAAAAGGAAAGCUCAAGCCUAGUGUAAUCGACACAUACAAUAACAAGAUGAACGGUUGUGACAUAGCUGACCAACGUCUCGGGUACUAUGGCCUGCACACCCGUAAAACGAAGAAGUGGUGGAAAAAGCUCUUUCAGUGGAUCAUGGAAAUUUGUUGUAUCAAUGCAUAUGUUCUGUAUAAGGAAACGAGGCCAGGAACAACAAAAAUUCCACUGAAAGACUUCAAGCUCAAGCUGAUUGAUGAGCUACUCAUUGCAGCUGCUGAGUCAAUGCCAGAACCAGGAACCAUAGUUCCCACGAGACGAGGUCGCAUGUCAAGCACCCCAGUCCAGCGUCUUCAACCAGGCAUGCAUUUGGUUGGUUAUGUAAAGCAGGACCGCCGAUGUGCAGUGUGUAGUACACCUGCUAAACCUAGGAGGACCAACUACAUCUGCGAAGGAUGUGAUA